AAGCCACGCACCCCCGCCCCAGCCAUGCCCCAAAUCUUCCUAGAGGACAGGCAACUGGGAGAUCUUCAUCCGAUAUGUCGUCAUGGCUUUGGGGAGAUGAUGGCUGGGCAGCAGUCCCCAGUCUGAUUGUGGCUUUCAUCAGCCAUGUGGGAGCAGACUCAUCUGCCCUCAGCUCCUCUCAGUGGUAGCCACCCAGCUGCUGGGCAGAUGUCCUCUAGGUGUCCCUUAUAUCUUCAGCAGCAGCCACUGGUGCCAGUUCUCACCCCUAUGCUGCCAUCCCUAGCAAAAGCUUUACUCACUGAGGGGCUCCUCUGGGCAGGGACCCAGUCAUGGGUCUGCUAAAGCUGGCAGCUUGUUUGCAUUUCAGGGUAUGGAUGGCGAAGAAUGUGCCAGAGGUUGGGCACGAUGCAACGUGCUGUGGGUACACAUGGCAGGUAACAGAAUAUCAAACUGCCACCUGGGGCCUGUGGCAUUCUCAGGAUACACUGGGAUGCUCAUGCUCCAGGCUGAGCCUGCAGAGCACAGCUCACUGUGGCAGGGAAUGUGUCCGUGUCCCAGUCCACAGCCCUGGUGCACAUCAGUCCUACUGGCCAGCCUCCUUCAGGCUGUCACCCAGCCAGACACCCCUCUGCAAGACAGGUCCCUGGUCAGGGAGCCCUGGUCAACAGAAACUUUUUGCUGCAGGAGGAGCUAUGAGCAUGGCAGCUGUGCCAGAGAAGUCUCAGCACAACCAUCCCAUGGCACAGGAUCCAGGUGCCCAGAGCAGGGAUCCCACCUACUGGGGUACUGUUGGGAAACAUUAGCCCUGGUGUUGUGGGGGCCAAGGAGACAGGGACUGCCUGGGUGCUUGGGAGUACCAGAGGCUGGCGUACCUGGAGAGUGAUGAGCACUAGCAAGGAGACAUCCCCCAAAACGAGGGGCCCAAGACAUCAGGGAUAGCACAGGUGACACAUUAACCAGACAGAGCAGGCAACCAAGGGUAGAGUCCAGACUGGCAGGGGGGAGCACUGAAUUCUGGGUCAAGGUCCGUGGGGAAACUGGACACUGCUGGCACAAGAUACACUGUGCUGCAAUGCUGGCAGCUGCUCAGGCAGCCUGCACUGCUCCUCUUCUCUGGGCUCAGCUCCUGGGGACAGCACAUCGUGCCAUGGCCACCAGCCUGCUCCGCGUUCCCCCGCCGGAGGAGCUGCUGCGGCCCCUGGCCGUGCCAGAGAGGCUGCUGCUCGGGCCAGGGCCCAGCAAUGUACCCCGCCGCAUCCAGGCUGCUGGCGCUCGGCAGCUCCUGGGCCACAUGCACCCUGAAGUGCUGCAGGUAAUGGAUGAGAUCAAGGCAGGUAUCCAGUACGCCUUCCAGACACAGAACCAGCUGACUUUGGCCAUCAGUGGCAGCGGCCACUGUGCCAUGGAGGCUGCCCUCUUCAACCUGCUCGAGCGAGGUGACACUGCACUGGUGGCCAUCAACGGCAUCUGGGGACAACGUGCCGCUGAUAUUGCCAGGAGGCUGGGAGCCAAUGUCUAUGAGCUGCUGAAGUCCCCGGGCAAGUAUUUCACUCUGCAAGACAUCGAGCAGGGCCUGGUGCAGCACAAACCUUUGGUGCUCUUCAUCACCCACGGCGAGUCUUCCACGGGGGUGCUGCAGCCACUGGAGGGGCUGGGCGAGCUGUGCCACCGGCAUGGCUGCCUGCUGCUUGUGGACGCAGUGGCAUCUCUUGGGGGAGCCCCCAUCUUCAUGGACCAGCAGGAGAUCGAUGUCCUGUAUUCAGGGUCCCAGAAAGUCCUCAACGCACCCCCUGGCAGUGCCCCCAUCUCAUUCAGUGAGCGAGCCAGGGAGAAACUGCUGAAGAGGAAGACGAAGCCCCCAUCCUUCUACCUGGACAUGGGCUGGUUGGCAAACUACUGGGGCUGUGAUGGGGAGCCGCGGAGGUACCACCACACAGCGCCCAUCAACAGCUUCUUCAGCUUGCGGGAAGGCUUGGCCAUGCUGGCAGAACUGGGUCUGGAGACCUCGUGGGAGCGACACCAGACCAACUGCACCCAGCUGUGCCAGGGGGUGCUUGACAUUGGGCUUGAGCUCUUUGUGGAGGAGGAGUGUGCUGGGGUCACCAGGGUCCAUGGGACUGAAACCAGUUCCUCUCUUCCUCAUCAGAAGGCCAGACUUCCCACCAUCACCACUGUCAGGGUGCCUGAGGGCUACAACUGGAAGGACAUCACGGCCUUUUUGAUGGACAACCACGGCAUGGAGAUCGCUGGAGGCCUGGGCCCCACGGUGGGCAAGGUCCUGCGCAUAGGCCUCAUGGGCUGCAACUCAAGCAGUGCCAACGUGGAGCGAGUACUCCGAGCCCUGCAAGAUGCACUGAGGUGCUGCCAGCGCAGCAGGCUGUGAGCACCCCGGGCAGGGGGAGGCUGGGGAAGGUGGCCUGGCACUGCUUGGCUGCAGAGGGACCCCGCAGCACCCAGCAAGACAAGGCACAGUGGAAAGAAGCUGGGAUAGCAGGGGCCGUGGAGGAGAAGGAUGUGCUCAGUAGAUUAAGACAUGGCUUGAAACUGCUUCUCCCAUUAUUCCCCAGUGACCUGGCCCCUCAGUUCUUCCCCUUGCCCUGGCCCCAGUGAUACUAAAUCAUAGAACAUUUGGGGAGGUAGAAAGAAAGUUAGGCUUGGCAAACCCUGGGGAAAAUGUUAAAAGUAGGCCCUGGGAAAUGUUAGGCCUUGUGCUUGCUAAGAUCAUGUGAAACUGCACCUGUAUAGUCAGUAUAUAAUAAAUGAUAUAAUUGUUAGAUGGGAUUAGAUAGAAUUAUUGUUUAAAGAAUCAUAAGAAACUAUGUUAGGGGUUUGGGGGGAUCAUGAGAAAUCCAUGCUUGGGUAAAAUCAAUGCAUACAAUAUAACAAUGUAAGUUUAAUAAUUAAUAUGAAAGUUAUAUAACAAUAAAGUAUAAAAGCAUGUUCAACUCAAAA